ACUUAUACUAAAACACAAAACGCUUAUUAUGUUUGGCAACGCAUCUCAGUGACUGCGCAACAUCGCUUGGAUUCAGCAAUGGCUUCGGCGCUUCAGAAAGUGCUGAGAAAAUCAGUCCCACCCUUUCCAUUCAUCACCGCCUUUCGUCCCUCCCAAUCACCAAACCCCAUUCUCGAAUUUCACAACCCAUCCUCUCCUACUUCACCAGCCCCAACCCCAGUGACGCACCACUCCGCUCCUUCCACCCUCAUAUUUCCCACUUUCCCUUUUGGGUUUUCCCCAAAACCCCUUUUUGCAAGUGGGUUUUUCUUCCCCGAGGAAUCGGUGUCCGAAGAAUCUGGAACCCUCUGGGCCGAUAGCGUCAAGAAGAAGCGCAAGAAGAAGAUGAACAAACACAAGUACCAGAAACUCAGAAAGCGCAUGAGGAGACAGACUUAGGUGAACCGUCGAUUAUUUUUUCUGCCUUUUAUUUUUGUUUUUUAAAUUACUUUUUAGUGAGAAAAAGAAUGAAUGAGGGAAGAUGUGUUUAAAGAUUUAUUUUGGUUAAUCACGAUGUUGUUAUUGUACUUUAUUUGAUGCUUCACAGUCUUGUGUCUCUUAGAUGGAUGAUAAUUGUCCCUUUGUUUUUGUUUUCGCUUUAUUUGUGGUUUCAUGAUUAUAUUAUCCAGUGCAGAUUACAGAGGGGAAUAAAUAAAAUUUGGUGGG